AUGCCACGGACCUACCCCAGCGCUGCGUUUGCCGCACCCGCCACGCGCUCCUGGCGCCUGCUCGAGUUCCUAGGCGUUCUCUACGUCCUUGGCUCGCUUGGCAUUGGCAUGGCAAGCCUCGCACUCAUGUACCCGACGCUUGACAACGACUUCUUCUGGGUCCGCUUUCUCUCAAAUGGCAUGUCAUCGGCGCUCGGACAUGCUCUCAAUAUGCAGCUGUCGCUCCUCACCGACAACGCCUCGAUGGGCAUCGACCUACUUGAUCCAUCGUCGGGCUACGCGGCGAGCGACGCCGUCGGUGUCCACCCCGCGUACGCUCGCUUCAUCAUGUACCAAGAGCUCGCAAGUCUCCGAGGCGGUAUACUGGGACUGCGCAACCUCCAAUUGGCGGCAGUCGAGAACGUGGGCGCACAGUACUGCUGGGUCGACUUGGGUCGGCGCUGGGCCAUGGCGUAUACGCAGCGGCGGCAAGAGCGGUGUCGUGAUCGCUACGCCACGAACGGCGCCAUGUACAUGGAGACGUUUCUGCGCAACAUCGACUUCAACGCGUGGAGUGCGACAACCCAAGGCUCGUUCAUGCAGCGCAUCGGUGAUGGCGUCGCCGAGUCUCCGGACGGCCCCGCCUUUCUCACGUACCUCGCGACGCACCAGAUUCUACAUGUAGAGAGCGAAGUCCGAUUCUGGUCGGACGCAGGUCUCGACCGCUUUGUGCUUCAGUACACGAACCUCAACCAGAUCGGGCUGGAAGAGUCGAUCGAGGUAACGAAUGCCCUUGGCGUGACGUCCCGCCUGCGCAUCAAGUCGAUUUCUCAAGUGAGCCGCGCGACCGUCUGGUUUACUUCGAGCAUGACCUUGACGCUCAUGUACGGCUUUGGCGCGCUCUCGCAAAAUGAAAGCUUGGUGCGCAAUGCGAGCACCUUCUUUGGUCACACCUCGCCCAAUGCGAUCGAGAUCUACAACGUUGGUUCGCCGCUCAACGCAUUCCAACAAGUUGUACACGACCAGCUGGGGCCGCUGGGCAACACGGACCCCCUGUGGGUGCCCGUGCCGUUGGACGUGCUGCAAAGCCCGUUUGCUGCGGCCUAUGACGCGCUGACCUCGAUGACACUGCACCCGACGCCACGUCAAUGGCGCGACCCGUCGCUCGUGUUUUUCGGCGGCAACCCCACGUGCCUCACGUCCGCAGGCUACUCGUUCGUACACGAGUCGUAUGGCUUUGACGAUGGCUGCAUGACACCGAUGCCGCUCACGCUCCACUGGUCCCCGCUCUUGAGUCUCUUUGCACUCUACAUGGCAACCCUCAUGGGAACCCCCACGACGCUCUGUGAUCUUGUGCCACAGACAGAGAUUGACGCGUGCUUUGGCUUGCUGCGUCGGACCGCGGAUGCGCUCGCAACAGCCAUCCCGACCGAGGAGGCCGCCAUCAAUGUGACCACGCUGACGACCAUCUCGAUAUUUCAGAUCGUGCGCCGGAAUGGCUCGCUUGGGAUCGAGACGCAGCGGCUUCUGGACCCGUCGUUUGCUUUCUUUGGCUGGAUGAGCAUCUACGAGUGGGCCAUGAAUACGCGCGAGGUCAUCUUGUUUGAUGGCGACAUCGAGUCGUACGCUGUCAUGACCUAUGCCUACGCCCCGCUCCCGCUGCCAGCUUACACUGUCUUGUCGCGUUUGGGUGUGUACCUCUGGUACGGCAGCGUCGUUGUGAGCGGCGUUGCUCUCGCCGUCGGACUUUUCGUGCUUUGGCUUUGCGUUGCGCGCGCCCCACGGUCGUCACCCACCCCGUGGUUCUAUUUCCACCGUCUCACGAGUGCUGCGUGGCUCAAUCGCGGCCUCGUCAUGGGGCGCGGCGUUGCGGCGCUUCUCUGCUUGUCCUCGGGCACCCUUCAGCCACUAGUGACGGCAAGUCGAGGUACCAAGUUUUUGGCGGGAGCGCGGUCUGUGGUUGUCUCGGGUAUCUUGGCAGGAGACGUCACGUGGAUCUUGUACGUUCUCCAAGAUAUUCUGCUACCUUUCACGCCGCAUAGCGAUGGCAACAUGGCUUCAUCUUGCACUCUCCUCGCGUGGUUGAGCUUGCUUGUCGUGGAUGUGGCUGCACCUAUAAAGGUCACGACCCAUCUGCACCGCUCAUGCCUCUCCGAGAACCUCGACUCGAUGCUUCACUGUGUGAGUGGACACUUGAGUAUCGGUAGCCUACGCCGUGUUGGCUGGACCAUUGUUGCUCUGUGGCUUGUCGUACUCGGAUCGAUCCUGCUGUCCCGCGCCACGCACAAGCCGUCGACGCUGUCGCGCGUGCCGACGCUGCUCUUGUCGGCGGCCGCCGUCGCAUAUGCCCCCACAAGCGAUCGGCUAUGA